AUGAUCACCUCUGAGGCUCUCUCAAUGCACACUGACCACUUGGUUUUCAACUCCCCACAAAGCGUGCGCGACGCACCAGGACGGUGGCUAAGGAUGGCGGUCAAACGGUACUCUCUAUCCCAAAGUAAACAAGCUGGGAGUGGGAUCACCCUGUUCUUCGCUCAUUGCGUCGGUGCCCACAAAGAGCAAUGGGACCCCACGAUACAACGUGUCCUAGAACUGCAGCAAUCAAUAGAUGAGGCCUACGCAUUCGACUGGCAAACCCAUGGCGACUCUGCGGUGCUGAACCGAGAGCUGCUGGAUCCAGAGAAGAGUCCGGGUCGUGUCUACGGUGUCUCUGUGUUAGAGUGGGCGGAGGCCAUAGCUGCGUUUGCGAGCUCGUCGGCAAUGCGGGGAAGAAGAAUCGUUGCCGUUGGGCACUCUGCGGGGGCUGGGGCAAUGAUUCUGUCAACGAAAUACCUCACCUCUCCCUCAGUCUACGAAGCUAUCAUCGCCAUAGAGCCGACUGCGAUCUCCCAUGAAAUGUUCUAUCAGGAAAUCGAUAUCCGGAUGUCGACGAUGGAGUUUGUCGUCUCCGCAACUCUAACGAGGCGAGAAACUUGGCGCACAAGGGAGGACGCCUUCGCGUGGAUGCGGAAACGGAUUCCCUGGAGUGACUGGGAUGAACGGGUGCUACAGAAGCUCGUGGACGAUGGUCUGGAGGCCACACCAGAGGGAGUUAGAGUCAAGGGAGAUCGAAGACAAGAGGCACUUUGCUAUCCUGAGCCUCAGCCGCAUUUUGAGACCGCUGCGUUGCUAGCUAACAAGUCCAUCUCAAGCAAAGUGCAUUUCAUCUGGGCGGAUUCAGAGGCUCCAUUAGUACCAUUGUUCGUUCAAGACGCGUUAGUUGUAGGGGCUGCGUCAACAAGCAAGGUCCAAGGGGGGCAUAUGCUCGUUCAAGAGAAACCCGACGAGCUUGCUGUUGCGAUUUCUACCAUCCUGGCAAAUAGAAUUGGAUGCAUUUCUUUUCGCCCUCAAGUAUCAAUUAUUACAUGA